GUUGUACCUGGUACCUUCAGUUCUGUUCCAAUGUUGGUAGUUGCACAAUUAGUCUGUUACUCUGUUGUAAUUCGUUUGCAGUAGGCCUAUGUGGUUCAUAGAUGUCUACCUUCUAAGCUCUAAUGUGUGUUUUCCUUUGCAGGGAGCAAAAAACAAAUACCGACAAAGUGCAUUUCACCAAGUAUAGUUUGGAGGAUAUGUAUACUGAUAAUAAUGGAGGCGACAUUGGAAAUCCAAACAACCAAUGCUGCCUGUUCAAGCAACUGAAUUUCAAGUCUCUGUUUGCUAAAGGGACAGAGACCAGAAAGACACAGCAAACAGAUUGACAGGUACCUCAGAUUCUGGAGAAACAAAAUGAAAUAGAAGAAACGAAACAGAAGUGAAAAGGAAAAUAGAAAUGUGUGCAGUAGGCCAUGACAAGUACAAGUAGGGGAAGAAGAACCUUUUUGUUUUUCUGGGAACAGAAGAUUAGAAGUUUGGAAUCAUGUGGAAAGGCAUUAAAUGCGAAGAAGAGUUAAAGGUGGUUUUUAGGGUUCUACGAUUCCUUCAUUAACAAUUCUUCCUUGUUGUUUUUUGUUUUCGGGGUUUCCCCGAUGCCGAAGUUUUCAGUCUCUGGAAACGGGUCCGUCUUUUCUUAAUAGAGAUGUUUUUAUUAUUUCUUAACACCUUGCUUCCUGUCGGAUCUGAUCACAAACUGUUUCACAUUAAUUGCAUUAGUAGC